AUGGAGAACCAAACCAAGACUGAGGAGAUCUUACUGCUGGGGUUUACUGAAAGUCACCAGCCUGAGAUGCUUCUAUUUGCCCUUAUCUUGGUCAUGUACCUAAUGGCCAUAGCUGGAAACAUUCUAAUUGUUAUUAUCACCCUUGUGGAUUUUCACCUUAGGACCCCAAUGUAUUAUUUCCUCAGGAAUUAUGCCAUCUUGGAAAUUGGAUAUACUUCAGCGGUCAUUCCCAAAGCUUUGAUCAAUUUGGCAUUGGGGAAGAAAACCAUCUCUUACACAGGGUGUAUAAGCCAACUGUUUUUUUAUUUCUUUUUGGGCACUACAGAUUUUUUCCUGCUGACGGUUAUGUCCUUUGACCGCUACGUGGCCAUUUGCAAUCCUUUAAGAUACGCCACCAUCAUGAACCAAUGUGUUUGCACUUGGAUGGUGCUGAUUUCUUGGAUUGCAGGAUUCAUCUUGAUUUUUGGCCAAACCAUAUCUUUCGCACAAUUCCCCAUUUGUGGCUCAAACAUCAUUGAUCACUUUUUUUGUGACAAUAAGCCACUGAUGAAACUUCUCUGUGGGGAUACACGUCUCCUGGAGCUCGUUGGCUUCAUUGUUUCUAUUUUUUCACUUCUAGGGACUUUAGCCAUCACCACAAUAUCCUAUACAAUAAUCAUUUCUGCCAUUCUUCGCAUCCCAACAGCUGCAGGAAGGAAAAAGGCCUUCUCCACCUGUGCCUCCCACAUCAUUGUGGUUUCUGUCACGUAUGGGAGCUGCAUCUCUAUGUACCUCAUACCAAAGAAAAGUGAAGGGAAAAAUUUCAACAAUGCAGUGGCCAUUCUCAACAAUGUGGUUUGUCCCCUCAUGACCCCAUUUGUCUACACUUUGAGGAACAAGCAGGUCAAAGAUGCAUUGAAAGAUGCCUUGGGCUGCAAGAGGGCAACUCAAAAAAUAUGA